GGGAAAAUUUCGCAAAUAAGCAAAAUUCAAAUAAACUGAAAAAAAAUAAAAACCCUAAUAACCCCUUUCACUAUUUUCCCUCUCACUUUCUCUCUCCGAUUUAGGGUUUCAUUUCCAUUUCCAUUUUCAAUCUCCAAUCUCCAAUUUUUAAUUCAUGGUGAAUUGAAAUUGCUGAUUCAAUUCGAUGGGGAAGGUGAUGACGACGACGGAGAAGAGGAAAGGGAGGAGAAAAUUGAAGAAAUCUGGGACCAAGUAUUUGAAACCUGGAACCCUAGCUCAGCUUCGUUGUAGCAAGUAUUUAGGUUCUGGAUCGGGUGCUGGUAGGGUUUGUAAUGAUAUUGGGAAGAAAAGGGUGGAGCUUUUGAAUUUGGAGAAGAAUGAGGAUCAUGAAGGUAAGGUGUUUGAUAAAAGUCCGCUGAUGCUUUCGCCGGUGAAUUUGGUUAAACAGAGUAGUUCAGUUGGAACGCCGAAGACCCCGAGGAUUGAUGAGUGUCAAUCGGAAUCGAGGCUUGAGUCUCUUCCCAUUGAUUUAUUGGUUAAAAUAUUAUGCUGCCUGCACCAUGAUCAACUGAGAGCUGUUUUCCAUGUUUCUCAAAGAAUUAGAAAAGCUGUUAUCGUGGCAAGGCAGUUUCACUUCAAUUAUACUACCCCAGAUCGCUCUCGGCUAGAGAUGCUAAGCACAAUGACUCCUCGUCCUUCUGAGCAUUGGCCUUUUCUGUGCAGGGGUGAUGGGAAGGGACUAAGGAUUCCAAGCCCGCAUACACCUAAAGCACCUCGUCAUGGGCCUCGACCUCCUUCUCGCCUUAAAGUUUCUGAGAUGCGACAGGUUACAGCUGUUCUUUUCAAGGAAUCGGCUUUCGCUUCUCGUUGCAUGGUGCCAUCAGUUAUACCAAAGCCCCAGUGCAAAUCAGUGGCUUCUAACAGAGUUCUCUUCUGUGAAGAUGAACUAUGCAAGGCAGUUGCUCAGAAUAAACUUCUCUGAAGUGAUUAUGUUUAUUUUUUCCCUUCACUUUGUAUAGUUCUUUUUUGGUUUCUAGUGAAUGCUAGUUAUAGUUAUGAUACAGUUUUGUAGUCUGUGUUGGUGGCAGUUUAGCUGGUAUGGAUAUUCCUGAUGUCCAAUUAGGUGUGGAGGGUUGGCAAUGUUUGCUGAAAUAAUAUUAUUAUAAAAUAUUACUUGUAUAUUUUUGUUUUUCUGAGACAAUUUGUGAGUUUAUUUUCAGAAACAAUUGAAGGAUCUUCUUCUUUUA